AUGAACUUUAAUGGUAGUGUUAGGGAUGGGCGAGGUGAUGCAGGCUUCAUCAUCUGUGAUCCUGAUGCUAGAAUGUUGGCUGUUGGUGGCUGCCACCUCUUUGAGCAUUCUGUUCUAGGUGCGGAGCUUCAUGCCGCAUGGAUCGAUAUUAUUUUUACGAGGCAGCAACUUCAUGCGGAGAGGAUUUUUCUUGAGGAUGAUUCUGCUACUGUUAUUUCUUGGAUCCAGGGAGGCCAACGGAGCGCUUGCGUCACGGAUCGCCACGUGGCACGAGAUAUCCGCUUUGCUGCUCAAUUUAAAUCCGCCCACUCCCGCCUUCUCCGGCCGCUCCCUCUCUCCAAUCCUAGAAAGCGUAUUCCUUCCAGCCAGAGAAUCAUGGAGCCGGGCUCCGGCAACCAACCACGGACGCCGAGGACGGAGGAGCCGGCCCGCGCGGUCCGGUUCAAGGGGGUCCGGAUGAGGAAGUGGGGUAAGUGGGUGGUCGAAGUAAGGCUGCCAAGAAGCCGGAAGAAGCUAUGGCUGGGCUCCUACGCCGACGCUGAGAAAGCGGCGAGGGCCUACGAUGCCGCGGUGUACUGUCUGAAGGGCCCCGAUGCGGUGUUAAACUUCCCCGAGCGGCGACCGGACAUACCAUCAGCCAGCAAUCUUAGCCUGCCGGAGAUACGGGCUGCAGCAAUGGCGCAUGCUCAUGACCGGCCAAGAAGAUCGGUCGAUCAGGCCGGGCCGGCUGAGGCGGGCGAAGUCGGAAGAACGGAAGUGGCGGUGGAGCAUGGUGACUUGUCACCAAUUUUCUCACCAGAGAUUAGUACCACGGCGGUACAUGGGAUGUGGAAUGAGGAGGCUGAGAAACCUGGAAAUGGGAGUGGUGGUGAAGAUGAAAUUGGUGACAUUUACAGCUCAUCACUUUGGAAUUUUGGAACAAGAUUUAACUAAAAACAUAUUCAGAACAAGACCACGCUCCUCUCGAGUGGGAGGUCAGGUAUUUGCUCUUCGCAAUGGUGCCGGCUAGAUUAAGCCGAACCCCACGCCACCCCAUCCGACCAAGUUGCGCGGCGGCAGUCCCUUUUCUUUUCUUCCCAUUUUUUUUUUUUUGUUUUUGAGCAAUUGUUGUGCCGCAGCGGCAAUCGUGUCUUUUGCUUUCGUUUGAAUAAGAAAAGCCGCGGCAGCAGCAGGUAGUUACUUUUUUGAGCAUCCGUUCCCGUGCUCCUUUCUAGCUGAGUACUCUGGUCGUAUAAAUGGUGUAUGCAAUCCUUGUUAUCUCAGGUGUAAUGAAAUAAAAAGGGAUUCAAUUGAGGUUCCUUACGACAAUGCUCGUGCUGUGUACGUUUCUUAAGCAUAACUUAUGUGGAAGAGAUUCAAUGGACA